AGCCAUUUAUCGAGACUGGGGUAAAACGAAUUACAUCAACCUCGGCUCUUUCCUGAUCAAGCCGGUGCAGCGGGUGAUGCGUUACCCGCUGCUGCUGAUGGAGCUGCUGGGGGCCACGCCCGAGAGCCACCACGACCGGCCCCAGCUGACUGAGGCUCUGCAGGCUGUCAAAGAGAUCAACGUAAACAUCAACGAAUACAAGCGCAGGAAGGACCUCGUGGUGAAGUACAGGAAAGGGGACGAGGACACGUUCAUCGACAAGAUCUCCAAGCUGAGCAUGCACUCCAUUAUCAAAAAAUCCAACCGGGUCAGCAGCCACCUCAAGCACCUCACAGGAAUUUCACCCCAGAUUAAAGAUGAAGCGUUUGAUGAGGCUGAGAAGAAAUUCAGACUGCAGGAGAGACUCAUCAAAUCUUUUAUCAGGAACAUUUCCUUGUACCUGCAACAUAUCAGGGAAUCCGCAUCCGUGAAGGUCUUGGCAGCCAUCAGUUUCUGUGACAUCUACACAGAGCGCAGUAUGCUAGACCCUGAGCGCUUCCAGAGAGCUCACCGCUGCAUCAGUGACAAGCAGUUCACACAAUUUAAGGAGCGCACAGAGACCUUAGUCAUCAACCCACUCACCCAGCUGCUCCUCAUGUUCGCCGGGCCGCACAAACUCAUCCAAAAGCGUUUCGACAAGCUGCUGGACUACGACAACUGCAAGGAGCGAGCUGACCGCCUCAAGGACCGCCGUGUCCAGGAGGAGCUGCAGGUGGCGCGCAACAACUACGAGGCGCUGAACGCCCAGCUUCUCGACGAGCUCCCCAAGUUCCACAGUGCAGCGGAGGAGCUGUUUACGGGUUGCGUGACGGCCUUCGCUCAAGCGCAGAAGGAUUUCAUGAAGACAACGCUGGGAGAGCUGAAGCCCCUCCUACAGGUUUUUUCCAGCAAAGUCAACACGGAGGGCAACCUCAUCGCACAGUUCCAAGAAGAGUACGGCCGAGUUCUCCAACUUCUACAGAGCUUUAGCUUCUGCCCGGAGAACCUGCCUCCAGCCACCACCACAAAAAAGCCCUUUGAGAGGAAGACUCUGGAAAAGCAGACCUCUAAAAAGCAACUGCAGGGACCUCCAAACUGCGUCGUGCAGACAGAGGAGCACCGUGCAGGACUUCUGGUACGCUACGGCCCUGAGAAACUUUUCCAGGCUGAGAGGAACUUUAAUGCUGCCCAGGAUCUGGAUGUGUCUAUACAAGAGGGAGACCUUGUGGGUGUGAUCAAGCAGCAGGACCCUAUGGGUAGCCACAACCGCUGGCUAAUUGAUAAUGGAGUCACUAAGGGUUUUGUCUACAGCUCCUUCCUCAAACCUUACAACCCGCGCAGAAGCCAGUCGGACGUGUCCAUCGAGAGCCAGUCAUCCAAUGAGUCAGGCUACGGCGGUUCCUCCCCUGUUUUCUCCCGCCAGAACAGCAACAGCACACUGACCUUUAAUCAGGAAACAGCCACCGUCAGCUUUUCCACAUCGCAGGCCCAGAGUCAUUCGUCGCCACACCCGUCGCUUGACUCUGCGUCGUCUCGUAGGAGUCACCACAGAGAUGUGCCCAACCCCGACUCUGCCAGUCAAAGCAACUCCAUAAACUCCUCGCCCCGAAAUCCCUCGAACCGAAGGGAAUAUUCAGACCAAACGCACCGAAACUCCCCCAGGCACAGAGAUGCAGAGCCUUCGUACCAGCACUCAGGCAAUCACAAAGACUCGUAUGAUACAAGUUACGCAAGUUCGAGCAGCCACAGAGAGACGUCGGACCUCUCAGAGACAGACUCUUCUUCUUCACACAGAAACAAUCACUCACAGCGGUAUGGACACACAGACAAAUCCUAUAGUUCAUACCAGUGGAGAAAUGGAGAGAAUGGUGGCCAAAAGAAGUCUGCUUACCCCAGAGAUGAGUACAUCGAGCCGGAGCCAGAGCCUGAGCCAGAACCAGAACCUGAGAGUGAAUUAGACGGUCAUCAGAUUUAUUAUGCUCUCUACUCUUUCAAUGCCCGUUGUCCCAACGAACUGAGCAUCUCAGCCAAUCAGCGGCUGCGGAUACUGGAGUUCCAGGACAUGAACGGCAACAGCGAAUGGUGGCUGGGGGAGGCGGGAGGCCGACGCGGCUAUGUGCCUUCCAACUAUAUCCGCAAAUCAGAAUAUACAUGAACAAGUUUUAUCAUGCGGAUGAUACCAGAGACUGCACUUCGAGAGAGUUCCUUAAGGAAUGCUCACUCUGCAAGCAGACAGAACAAAAAGACAAACAAGCAUGUUUGCGCUGUGAUUUUUUUUGACCCGUUGUCAUGGAGUUUGAUAGUAGGACUGACUUGCUGCUGACUCUGCUCCUGAAAGUUAGCAUUAUAUGCCUAUAUUUAUAGACUUUUAAUUUUUUUUUUUUUUUUACUUACUGGAAAUUGCUCCCUACCCCCUCUCAUUUCCAGUGAAAAACCUGUGAAUUGCACCAGAUUUCUGCCAUAUACUCUGGAGCUGAAGACAAUGAAUUGUAUGUUUAAGAGAGCGUUUAAGGUUAGCACAUUGGGAGAUUGUGAUGAAAAUGUGAAGGUUUUGGGUUAAGACUGCUUCCUGUAAGCAAACACCCAGUGACAUGCACACAGACUGACCUAAACACUGUGUUAGUGACUUUUUUCCUUAAUGUGGUUUAUUACAUCACUAGAAUGAUGCAUGAAUAUUAGAUGCAUUUACACCAUACUUUUCAACAAUCAAAGUUUGUGGCACUUAAUGAUGAUUAUCCACUGGUUGCAAGUUUGAAGUGUCUGGAGCAAUCAACAAGAAUUUGGAGUGUUGUUGAAAUUAAUAUUGACUAUCUGAAUUAAGGAUGGCAAUUGAAUGGCAUAUGAAAUACAGUUUACAAGUACUUCCCUUGUACUUUUUGAAUACAUUUUUUUAACUGGGUUGACACUGUGUAAACAGGUGGUGACCCAUUUUACCUGUAAAGGGAGGUUAACCAACUGGGAGAGAGAGAGACUGUGGUCUAAUCUUAGCUAUGAUUUCUCCACAUGCUCCCCAUGUACAUUAUAUAUAGUGCUGUACAGUGAAAACAUACUAUUGCACCCACUGUAAAUUGAUCACUGAAUAAAAAACAGCUCAGCUGACGAAUAUUGA